GAGAGUGUAAAUUCUUGCAUGCAUUUUAUCAAACAGCUUGAGUGCACUAGGCUGAACCAUUGCUGCAAGCCGCCCCUUUACUCUGCAUCUUCUUCCUGAUUACACAGAUACAAUCAACCAUCAGUUAACAGGCUACUGAGCAGGUUUCCUCAGCUGAUAAAUUUUCAAUGGGGAUGUUUUGAAGUCGGAUCGCCAUGCCCUUGUCGCUGGAAGAGUAUGGGAUAGCACAAAUGUACAUGGUCACGAAGAUGCAGCAAAAGAACACGACUGGUACUGAAGGGGUUGAACUAUUAGAAAGCAGACCAUUUGAAGACGAUGUGUACGGAAAAGGUCGAUACACUCCUAAAGUUUAUCGUCUGCAAAGCAAAGUUCCUGCUUGGCUUAGAAAAUUUGCACCACCACAUGCUCUUGAUGUGCAAGAGGAAGCCUGGAGCGCAUACCCGAGAUGUAAAUCAGGUUUGCCAUGUCCUCUAGACGUCCCUCCUUGUGUAUUUCUUGUACUCGUAUUAAUGUCUUUUUGGUUUUUUAUCUGCAAAUGGAUGCCUCAUUACCCAGUACUCAAGUGUGCACACUUUACCAGGUUUCGGUUAACUAUUGAAACUGUCCACAGGGCUGACAAUGGGCACUUGGAAAAUCUGAUAAACCAGGUACAUGGUUUAAGCAAGGAACAACUGGCAGCCAGGCAAGUGGAAUAUAUUGAUAUAGAUAUUCCUGGAAAGGAUUGUUGGAGUUACGUAGUUGGAAAUUGUAGUAUAGAUUUUUCCAAAUUCAAAUCAGCAAGAAUUGACCGUGGUCCACUUCCAAAGGGGUGGCAGGAUAGGUGUGAUCCAGUCAUGACUGCGUACAAAUUGGUGACAAUUGAUGCACCAUACUGGGGAUUUGGCCGUCGGCUUGAACAAGCCCUGCUAGCGGGUGAAAGGGCUCUCUUUUUGGAAAGUCAUCGUCAUUGCUUUGGUUGGAUUGAUGAAUGGUAUGGGAUGACAGUGCAACAAAUAGAUGAACUCUUGCAACCAAACGACUCUACGUUAAAUGAGAGAAUUGUCAAGCCAGCACUGAUGAUGAGCAUUGAAUAUUUUAGCGGGGAAUCACCACCUGAUGGUGAAGGCAUCUAUAGCAAGAAAUCUCAGAGUGUAAGCUAAGUUUUACAGGUGACAUACAUGAAUCCCCAUAUCAGAUAUUUUCUGAUGUUGAAAAUAUUGUUUCUUUUGAAGCUGUAGGGGGUAGGAACCUGCCCUUAGCUGCAGGGAAUUGUACUUCAUAAUUGGACCCACAUUCUCCUUGGGAUCCCCAAAAAUGUGAAUAAAAAAAUCAUUUAAUUUUUA